AUCAGUCGAUCUAUGAUCCGGUGUGCGCGUCAUGAAGGCGCACUCGGCACACGCGUCGGCAUCGGAGUCGCCAUAGAAACGCGCGGACCUCGGGAUGCAUCAUCGUCGUGCAUGGCAGUGCUAAUACUGCUAACCUGCGGUUCAGAGUUGUGGAAGAACCUACCGUGCCUUGACCGCGAUGAAAACUGGUCGAAUGAACGUUACAAUUAGGUUACACUGCGCGAAUACAGGCUGCCUACCGGUGAACGGCCGAGACGUGUCGAACGCGUCUCACGAGGAGGCAGUGGCGGCGUUCCGCGCCGCCUCGGAGCCCAUCGUGGUCGAGGUUCUGCGCAGGGAGCGCAGGAACGGAACCGGAAGUAGCUCGUCGACUUCGGCGGAAGCGGAAGUAGCUGCGCCGGAGGAGGCCGCGGCAAACAGGCUGUCGUCUCGCCCUCCGGCUUCCCCCAGGGCUGCACCGACGCGGCGGCGCAGACUGAAUUUCCGUGGUGGGCACCGCCUCCCGUGGGAAGGGUCGUUCCUCCCAAACGGGUUAAGCAUACCACCACCUCCACUGAGCCCACCGAGCAGAAAUGAAGACCAAGACGAUGACGAUGGCUACGACAUAGAAUACGAGGAGGUCACGCUAAUAAGGAAUGGAAACGAGAAGCUUGGACUCACCCUCUGUUACGGUGACCCGGAUGAACAAGAGACGGAAAUUUACGUGGGCGAGAUUGAUCCAAGAAGUGUUGCUGCGAAAGACGGAAGACUACAGAAGGGUGACCAAAUACUCCAAGUUAACGGGACCGACGUGCUAGGUCGGGAUCAAGCUAUAGCGUUGUUCUCCGAGCAGAGGCCUGACUUUACGCUGCUCGUAGCAAGGACACAUGUCUCAGAAGAGUCGUGUAGCGAAGAGCACUCCAACUUUUCUCUUCCUCGACGCCGUUACAGUUCUGUUCUGGAAGAAGAUGAGGAUGAAGAGGGAAACGAGAAAGAUGUCACUGCCACGCCCAACAAGGCUGAUGCUCCACAGCAGACAAGCUUUCAAGAAGAGCUGUCGGAAACCGAAACACAGGUGGGUACGCCGCUGCCGGACAAUGACCUCGAGAUGAGCGUUCUGGCCAACGAGUUCCAGAGGGUCAUUCUGGACAAGAAGGCCGUAUCGGUCGAGCAGUGGCUACACCAGGGCUCCUCGGGUCUACCCACGUCACCCCAGAAGUGGGACGCGGCCGAUAGCGGGUCCAGUGCCUACCACACGGGUGGAUCGUCGUCCGCUUCGCCGCCCACCCUAGAGCUCGGCGGAAGAUCCGGCUCCUUGCUAUCGCUAGCGGGAGCCACGGUGUCCACGCCCACGCAUCCUUUCGUGCCUCACAUGACGAGGACUGGCACGGCCGUAGGGUCCUCGGGACACGGGACGGGGCCCACGGAGGACAAGUCAACGCAGAUGCGAGAUUCCGACCUGCAGAGCUUGACGAGCUGCGAGUCCUGUCGGUGUCACCUGGACUUCGCCACGUCACCGCGACGGCUACCCAAGACGGUCAGCGAGCCGGCGUGCGUCAGGCGCGGCUCGUCGGUGCCCGACUACGCCUCGCUCUACCCCACCAUGUACACGAACCCGCAGAACCUGCAGCACACCAUGUGGCUGCAGCAGCACCUCUUCCGCGAAGCCCUGGCGAAACGCAACGGUCGAGUCCACGCGACCAAGUCGACGUCCGUCGCCACCACGACGACGACGGUUUCGACGAAGAAGGAGCAACUGGUCUCCGCCGCCGGCGAACCUGGCGGUGAGGAAACGGACCUCAAGUCUCAGUGGAAGGUGAAGAGGAGGGCCGACGGGACGCGAUACAUCACCCGGCGGCCGGCCAGGACAAAGCUGCUGAAGGAACGCGAGCAGAAGAUCCUCGAGGAGCGAAGCGGGCUGACCACUGACGACGACAACCACUCGGAGCUGAAGACCGGCAAGUAUUGGACCAAGGAGGAAAGGAAGAGGCACCUCGAGAAGGCUCGUGACCGCAAGAAAAAGGAGAUGAUGCUCAAGCUCAAGAUGGCCAUCCUCAAGGAGGCCCACGAGGGAUCGGGCACCAAGAAAUCCACGACGAGCGCAGCGUCUCGAAAGAAGCGCGAGGUGUCACCUUCGCCAGAGGCCCUGGUUGUCGUCGGGGACAAGGCCUUUGGACUUCUAGCCGUCACGACUGUGUAGGGAUGGGCACGCGAUGUUUGCUUGAUGGAAGGUGAUCGCUUGAUGAAACUUUUCUGAGGACAGCCGUUUUGGGCCUUCUGACUAUGAUGAUGGUGUCGGUUUGAGCACGUGGUGUUCGCAUCGAUAGAACUGUCCUGCGAACAGGCAUUUGGCCUUCUGGCCGCCAAGACGGUUCAUCGGCACGUGAUGUUCUCUGAUUUGAGGACUUGUAGACGUCACGACGGUAUAGGUGUGUACACAGAUUGUUCGCUCGAUGGAAGUGUGGCCAACAGCUGGAUUUCAACCCUCUAGCCGCUUUAACUGUGCAAGGACCUUUGAUGUGCGAUUAACAGAAAUGUGUGACCAGGCAGUGAACAUUACUUUCAAUCCACAGAUAUAGCUCUGCACUAGAGGCCAGCAUUUCAGUAUUGCGUUAUUGCUUCAGAAUGUCAUAGAGCAUGUGAGUUAUUGUUCAUCUGCGACAGAAUUCGUGAAGCCAAUGUGAGCGCUACUGUCGGGAGCAAUUUCUGCUUGUAGAACUUCUUCACGGCUGCUGUGAUGUGUAGGCCUGCUAAUCGUAAAGACACAAUAUCGUAUUUCGAAGACAUCAUUCUUCUGAAGCUCAUAUUGUGCGCUUGGUCAGUCAGAAACAGGCACUUCUGAAGAAACCUCUAACAUUAGUGUUGAAAGUAAGAGACGCAUGUUUUGUUACACCAUUAAUGCAACAUCUGUCUAAUCAUGACUGCAUUUAUUUAGCUUCGUAGUUCAAACUAUCAACUUAAGGCGGAGAUUACCUUUAUGUAGGCAUGUUCUCUUUAAUCUAAGCUAGACAUAAGAGUCACAACGAAACGCCUCUGUCUGGAGCCAAUUUUUUGACCAAGAUACUUGCCCUUACACAGACUUACCCUCAGACUUACCCAUAUACUUACCCCCUUCACAACGUUUGACCUGCGCUGAAUUUUUCGUUGUUCAUCAACGGUUUGUUUUUCCUGUGAGACACAGAUAACUUGAAUCACAAUGCUGACAAUAACUGUGCUUCCACCAAGCGAUUGAAACACAAAGUUUAAGAGAGGCUGCCAGCAUCUCCUGGUAUAUCUGUACUUUUUGUCUGACAAUAUUUUAUGACAUGCAGCAUGCGUUUGCUUGGUGCACCUGCGCUGUCCAAGUGGGACAGAAAAGCCGAGAAGUUGCUUCGUACGCAAGUCUUAACUUUAUCGCGUUUAUGUACUUCGCAAGUACGUCUGGGCGGCUUCGUUUUUGCAGCGACAACAACGAAAACUACCGAAAUCCACGUUCUUCCCACCUGUGUAAAAACGUCGUGCGUUUCCUGCGAAGCGUGCGAGCGUGGUUUAGUGUUAUACGCUUCCCGCAUGCAGCCUAGUCCCCAUAUUUUUGAAUGUGCACUACGUUAUUUAUGAACAGUUUUGUCACUGUACAUUUGCUGCUCGCUUUCGAGAAGCUUUUAGAGUAUGUCUCUCCGCCACAACAGUAGGCUUCAGUGUUGACACUUUGGCUAUCAACAGCUUCGUUCUGGUGCGAAUUCGUUUCGACUCUUUUUACGAGCACCGAAAUGUCUGGAACCGUAAUAGCAUAGUUCGAAUAAAUAUCAGUUCUAUGAGAAUACCGGAAGUCAUAGUCAGAUUAACAUCCUUGCCAGAACAAAUGAGAAUGAAGGUUCAUAAGGGCAUGAAGAAAAUAAAAAUGCAAACCGUCAACUGAAAUCGGUACUUUGGACAUAGACCGUGCUUUGUUGAGAAAUUCGCAUACAAUGAUUCAUGACCCAUGACUGCGAUUGAUUUGCUUCAUAACAAGAACAUUACCCAUACGGCGAGUCAUCAAAUACAAGCGCGUCGCUACAUGAUAUAAUCGUUUCAUAUCAAAACGGACAGCAUUGCGGCUUCUAGUGUCUUGUACUUCAGAAGCAUACGAAGCGUACACGGGCAAAUCGUUGUUCCUCGUGCAUUCAUAACUAAAGAGCCAAUUUCGAUGAUACAGCUCAUGUUGAACGAAAGCUUUUCCAGAGAAGGCCUAAGUUGUGGCACACCCUGCGUGUUGUUUUCUUCCCCUAUUGUAGCGUUGUCGUGUACAGACCAGAUGUAUAUAUGAGCACUAUGUCUUGGAAGUGUUCGGUGCACCGUAUUUAAGACUUUUCACGAAGAUUUGUACAAAUCUAUUUGUGCGGAGGGUGGCGUGUCGUGCAACGUGUUUUUUUUUUCCUCCUAGAAGGGUUGUCAUUGAGGGGAAGAAAUAUAAAUCGAGAAGCAAAAUAAAGCUAAUAAAGUGAAUUCCUUGA